GACAGAAAUCACCUAGUUUUUACUUCGACACUUUCUGACAGGAACAUUAGUGUAACAGAUUAGUCCACCUAUUCUACUCCAUUACACUUUUUUGAGGGAAUCAUCAGUGCAUCACUAACUUCUGUUUUUAACAACAACAAAAGGAUCUCAUUAUCACCAUGGCAAUGUUUACCAUUUCCCUGCUUCUCUGUUCUGCGUUUGCUCUGAGCGGUGCAACAGGUAAGACACACAGAAAAGAAAUCACACGUCAUCCUCAUAUGACAUCUAAAAUGAUACAGCUCACAUGAUUUACUUGUCAAAUGAAAUGUCUUCAUAACAUUUAGUUACAUCUCCUUUCUUCUAGAGGAUACAAAUGUCAUGGAAAACAACAUGGAACAGAGCUCACCUGCUGGUAAGUGCUUGAUGUUGUUACGUCGUCUUCAAUGAAUGAGCAACUUGUAAUGGCUUUUUGAGUGUGGAACUACAACGCUGUGAUCGGUGAAACCUGGUGCAUGAAGAAAUCAGAUUUCCUUCCUCCACAUAAGCCAGUUGUUCAACACAGUGCUUUCAAUUUUGUACGUUUGUAAUGUUAGGCUUCAAUGAGUUUGUUGUGAUCAUGUCUUGUCUCAUUACAGAGGUGGAGGUGAUGAAGGUGGAGAGGUGGCGCAGGAGCACUUGCCCACCUGGCUGGCUCGAGUAUGGGGCACGGUGUUUCAUGUUUGUACGUUCCGGCAAGACGUGGAUGAAUGCUGAGGUGCAUUUUAACCUGUUGCAUCCUUUACAUGUUUUGGCUUAGAUAUAUUAGACUGAUAAUAUAGACACACACCAGGUAUCACCGAUCACAGUGCUGCAGUUCCACACUGGAUUAUACAGUGAAAAGCAUCCAUGUGGCAAGAACACAAGUAUGUUUUUUUUACUUCCAUUAUAAAAUCUAAGUGAUGUUAUAUCCUUUCCUCUGUUCCUGUCCUCUCUCUCUCUCUAGCGGUACUGUGUGCACUUCGGAGCAAACCUUGCAUCCGUCCACAGCUCUGAAGAGUAUCAUUUUGUGCAAGAGGUGAUCAGACUACAGACAGAAGACUUUACCCCUGCCUGGAUUGGAGGAUUUGAUGCUGUUCAGGUAGAGUGAUCAUCAACAAAGUCAGAUCUAAGUUUGGGAAAUCUUAAAACAGUAUUCUAGACCUACACUAGAGCAUUUUUUACCUAUGUAUUAUCUACUGGCAACAAUUUGAUUGUUUGUAUUCUAUGGUUAUGUUUCUUUGACACUGAGACGACUUCUUCCCCACAGAACCGAGUGUGGCUUUGGAGUGACGGCUCCAAAUUUGACUACAGGAACUGGCUCAUGGGAGAACCCAAUAAUGCUGGUGGCAGAGAGCCAUGCAUGAUGAUGAACUUUGGAGGUACAGUAAUCAAACUCUUAUCACACUAUCCUUAAAUUACAUCGAACUUUAUUUAUAGUGUGUUUAACAAACAUGUCUGACAAGGAAAUGUAAAACCAAGCUAAAUAUGUCAAUGUCUGUUUUAAGUCCAUUGCCAUACAGCAGCAGUACAAACUUUUCUAGCUCAUGCACUCGUAAUCAAGCGGAGAGAUCAUUUAUAUUCCUUGUUUCCUCUUUAGGUGAAAAACGCUGGAAUGAUCGUCAAUGUGGACAUAUACUUCCAUCUGUGUGCUCCAAAAGGUUGUGUUAAAUCUGCCAUCAUAACAUCAACUGAACCACUUUUUUUGUAAUACCUUUUGUCAUUAAAACUAUACAGUAUUAUUGAAGAAUGUAAAUAUAUGGUAGGCCUAUAGUUAUUGUGAAUCAUAGUCAAGCAUGAGAUUUAACUUAAGGGGGAUUUUAUAUCAUGUAAAUAGGCUCUCAUCAAUCUUUUCAAUGAUGCUAAUCAUGUAAAAUGCCAUUGUGAAGUUUUGCUGCUAAUAAAUAAUAUCCCUAAUAUUUUAUGUAAA